AUGGAGGGCCCUGUUUCCGGAAUGAUCGAAACUCUCGAAAGAAGAAUAGGUGCCGACAAAACGCACCAUGUCGAGAUGAAACGGAACCUCCACUCGGCUUUCGCAAUCCAUUCGUCCAUACAUCUAGCCGACCAGCGGGGCGGGUUCGAUGAGCGUUGUCGAGACCCCGGCCUCCUCGACAAAAUCAUGACUCCACCGCCCAUGGGCGCAUGUGACUUGUUCCCCGGGUGUCAUGUAUCAAAGUAUGCGUACGAGGAGUGGGAUGUCGACGGCAAGGACACCAUCACGAUGGAACUUUGUUUCGAACAGCCCAAUCACUUGGGUUUGCCACCGGAGGCUAUCACAGCCAAUUUGGCGGUUGAGCUGUCUCCUCCCGCACCGCCCAACAGAGAGGGAGCGAAGUGGAAAAGGCAUCGAUACGGGCAGGUUUGGUUCCGGUUCAGCCUGAGCAUGGAGACCAACAUCUUCAACAUGGUGACCAAGAGUCUGGCCUUGCCCGGGGAAUUACGAGCCAUCAGGAAACUUCUCGCCACCGCCGACCUCAAUGCGCCUGAUGCCUCCGGCAGUAGAGCUGAUGACGUUUCCGCUAAUACGGCUGCUGCCACUACAGCACUGGUGAACCUUCAAGGGGCUGGGGAUCAAGAGGUGGCGAAGUUGACGGCCGAGAGGGACAAGUUCAGAAGUGAUUGGGCGAUGCUAUCGACAGGGAUACGAAACUUGAAAAAUAAUCUGGCCGUCGAAAAAAACAGCGCGGGGACGGCAGAGGAGAAGUUGGAGAAGGCAGAGAAGGGGGUAGUCGAGGAGAGGGAUAGGUUGAAGUCAAACUCCGAAAGGCAGGCCAAGCAAAUCACAGCCCUGAAUUAUGCUCAAGUAAAACUCAGGAACGAGAACGCAAAACUCAAGGAGGAGCGGACAGAGGUGCAAAAUACAAAGAAGAAGUUGGAAAGAGAAGCCAAAGACGUCAGAGGGAAGAACGCUGUCUUGGAGGAAGAUCGGAAGGCCGAAAAGGACAGGCAGCAGGAGGCUCGUGAGGAGGGGGACAUGAGGCAGAAGAUGCUUGAUGCCAGAGAACAGAGCUUUUGUGAAUGGGAAAGGUUGCUCGAGCAGAGGGAAAGGUCACUGGCCGAGAGGAACACCAUGAACCCAGGAUCGGAUACCCAGAUGUCUUCCGAACAUAUCCAGCAACAGCCUCAACCUUACCCUGUGGGCCCGAACAGUCACCAGUUCUACGCAGCUCUCGAGACAUUGCGGUAUUGUUUUCAUCAAAACAUGAAUGCUGUGUCCUGGCAAGAGCAGCAGCUUCGGCAGAGCCACCAGGAGCUUGAGCAGAGAACUCAAGAAAUGCAGCGCACUUGGGGUGCCCAAUUCAAAGAUCGGACGGCCCUGGAAGUCGAACUCGAGAAGAGGGAGAAAGGGCUGCAGAAAAAGAGCUAG